AUGGCCCGAGGUAUCCUGUGUCUGGGCAUCGUCCUGCUGGGGGCCCUGCAGGCUCCGGCCCAGGACUUCCUCAUAAGUCCGAUCCCAGCCCCACUUCUGGACUCAAUCCCCCUGCAGCCCGACUUCCAGGAGGACCAGUUCCAGGGAAAAUGGUACGUCAUAGGCAUAGCAGGGAACUCGAUUAAUGCAACAAGAAGAGCCCGGUUCAAGAUGUACACCACCACAUACGAGUUGAAGGAUGACCACAGCUACAAUGUCACCUCCACCCUGAUCCGGAACGAGAGCUGUGACCACUGGAUCAGAACUUUCGUCCCAAGUCUCCUGCCCGGCCAAUUCACUUUGGGCGACAUCAAGAGUCAUGUCGGGGUGCAGAACUACACCGUGCGUGUCAUGCUGACCAACUACAACCAGUUCGCCAUGGUGUUCUUCAAGAAAGUUCACGACAACCACGAGUUCUUCAAGAUCACCCUCUACGGGAGGACCAAGCAGCUGAGCACCGAUCUGAAGAAGUAUUUCACCCGCUUUGCCAAAUCCCUGGGCCUCACCAAUAACCACAUCAUCUUCCCUAUCCCCAUUGACGAGUGCAUUGAUGAUGAGUGA